AUGCACAAUCCGAGAGACUCUCACGGACACGCCAUCAAGCACAUACUGCGGUAUGUGGGAGGAACAACAAACUUCGGUCUGUUCUUCAAGAUAGAUGUGUCAAGGAGCGUCGUUGGUUAUAGUGACAACAAUCACAACAUUGAUGUCGAUGAUGGGAGGAGCACGUCAGCACAUGCAUUCUAUUACGGGUCAUCACUGGUUACUUGGAUGUCGCAGAAGCAGCAGGCGGUUGUAGUGUCAUCAUGCAAGGCAGAGUUCAUGGCAGCAAUAGAAACAACGAAGCAAGCUAUAUGGAUCAAGGAGUUGUUAUGUGAGAUACUAAGUGAAGAAAGUUAG